UUUCUUUUUGUUUUCUCGGGAAAAUAGAAGUCGUCAGCGCCACAUACGAGGGUAUAGAAUAUCUGAACCGCUGGCUUGGUUUGCUGACACGUCAAUAGAUUCCGCUUAGACAUCAUGAUAACUUGACCUCACGUUGAUGCGUCAUGGAAUCUUUGUUUAAGAAAGUGUGAACCCUCGCGUGACGUUAAGAUUCCUCACUCGGGAAAGAACCGCUUUUGCCUUGAUCGGUAUAGAGAAUACAGAGACAGCCCUCGGCGCUGCCCGCAUUGCCGCCUCUAGUUCUCUCCCCCGCCUCAAGUCUUUAACAGUUGGGCCUUGGGAGCUGAAAUAACUGAAAGCCGACACCGCCUUUUUUUUUUCCCCCUUACCAGACACGCAACUGAAGAUUCUCUGCUGACUGCUUUACCACAAUUUAUGCAAUCACGAUUUGAAGUGGUUACUUGAUAGCUUCAAGUUGUAUGUGGAGUUUGAAAUGCUGAAGCUAGUUAGGGUUUAUUGCGCCUUCAUCGAUUUUCUGUUCUUAGUCUCUGUAUUCAUCUCUGAAUUCCAGUAUAGAGAAUGAAAUUUCAAAGCCUUUAAUGCUCAACGCUGUCAUUUGAUCUGAUUCAGCCAUUCUAUCUGCACUGCAAAUGAUGGCAGCUGAACUUGUCAAUUCUGCAACAAGUGAUAAAUUGAUUGAAGUGGAUUGGACAAAAAACAUUGUAAUAUGUGAAUUAGUAGCACAUGAUCAAAGACAAGCAAAAGAUGUUGUUAAAGCUAUUAAAAAACGCUUGGAAAGUAAAAACUCAAACACGCAACUCUAUGCGGUUUUGUUGUUGGAGAUGUUGAUGAAUAAUAUUGGAGAUGACGUAUACAAGCAGGUGAUUGAUGUGGGAAUUCUCCCCAUUCUAGUGAAGAUAGUUAAGAAAAAGACUGACUUUCCAGUACGAGAAAAGAUAUUUUUUGUGUUGGAUGCCACACAGACGUCCCUUGGUGGUGCUAAAGGAAAGUUCCCUCAGUUCUAUGCCGCAUAUUAUGACUUGGUGAGUGCAGGAGUACAGUUUCCCCAAAGGCCUUCUUCUACAGCUAAUCGACAAGCUUCACAACCAAGUAAAAAUGGCACACACAAUGGGGAACUUGCUGCAGCUAGACAAGAAGGUGCUAAUGUCCAAGCAGAGACUCAAAUUGUUCCAGAGUCUAGUUUAUUUAUUUUGUGCAGUAUUAUUCAGAAGGCUAAUAACGCAUUAGAGCUAUUGAAAGAAGUCCUCGAUGCUAUUGAUCCUCAACAUCCUGAGGGUGCAAGGGAUGAAUUCACUCUUGAUCUCGUGGAACAGUGUUCAUUCCAAAAGCAGCGUGUAAUGCAUCUUGUGCUGACUUCCAGGGAUGAGAAAGUGGUUUCUCGAGCAAUUGAGUUGAACGAUCAGCUCCAGAAAGUUCUUAAUAGACACGAUGAAAUCCUCUCAGGCAAGUCUACAUUUUUAGAUAGCCCUAGGCCUACUGGAAAUCAGCUUAAUCAUGAAGAGGCUGAAGAAGAACAAGAAGAGGAGCCCGAGCAGCUUUUCCGGAGAAUGCGGAAAGGCAAAGCCUGUGCUAGGCCUGGUGAUGAAGAGCAUCUAAUUGAACGACCACCGAUAGGUUUGUUGGCAUCUUCAACUCCAGCAGAAAGGCUGAAUCGUCCCCUUAUACGGCCCCUUCGUUUGGAGCCAUCAGAUGAACCCAAUGGUCAUCCUCCGCCACCACUUGUCGUAAUACCACCUCCUCCCGCGAAACACAUUGAAAGGGAGAGGUUCUUUCAGGAAAACAAGGCUGAUGGUACUGAUGUGACCGGCCACAUGAGAGGUCUCUCCUUACACAGUCGCAAUGCCAGCAGUUCUCGCAGUGGAAGCUUUGAUUUUAGCGAUCGAGUAAAUUGAGUGAUUGUUGUUCCUGCUUUUGGUUGUGUUUUGAUCUUGGUCAAUAUGUAUGUUAGUGUGUCUUAUCUCCUAAUCAUGUGUGAUAGUGUUUGGCUCUACAUUGAAAGAGGGUCGGUCCUAGUCUACAUUCCUUUUUUUUGAGGGCUCGGUUGUGGGUGGAAGCUGUGGUGGAGAGCUAGGUUUGUAAAGCGUAUGGGUUUUGAUCAUAGAACAUCACACAAUUUUACGUCAUUAAACGCAUUAGUGAUGAGACAAGGUUUUCUUUUCUGUUUCAGUUUAUCAUUAGUUAUUGGUUUUGUGACGGAAUUAAAUAUUUUGCUACCCA